AUUUGUCAAAGCCAAAGCCACAUAGGUGUCAAAUAAUAAUGUCAACAUAUAUUUGAAUUUCAUUCAGGUUUAUUUAAAGAAUACAUGACUAUAUUAUUUACUUAAAGAAACUUCUUUAAUAUCUCAACAGUUAAAAAUAAUAUUCUUUAAAUCCCAUGCACAAGUGAUGCUAUACAAUGAAUCGCAAGAUCAAUAACCUUCAAUGAACCUGAAUAUUGCAUAAUUCCAGACUUUUGGAGAGCAAAAUUCAAUCUUGGACCCUUAUUUAGAAAAUAUCAAUUAAAGGAGAUACUGAGCGAAAUGGCUGGAUUUGCCUUGAGAGUAAAAACCAAAUCGGGACAGCAAGUAGUAAACUCAUUAACUAGAGAAAGCACCAUAAAGGAUUUAAAACUGGUUCUUUCAACUUUAUCUAACAUACCUGCAAACAGAUUGCAAGUGCUUUCAGGGUUUCCUCCUAAAAUAUUAGACAUAAGUCAAGACAAUGAAGCUAUUGGAAGUAAAGGAAUAUCUUCAGGUGAUACUCUAAUAUUAGAAGAAAAACCCAUGGUAGAGGAAACCCAAGAUCAAGAUGUAGCCAUGGCAGAAAAUGAUGCAGAAAUUCCAUUCCAUACACCUGAUAUCCUCUUAAAACAUGUUGUGCCUUCAGAUAAUUCCUGCUUGUUCACCAGUUUUCAAUUUGUACUAAAUGGCAAAAUUGAUAAAAGCGGUACAGUCAAUCCAUAUUUGAGGAAGCUGGUAGCAGAGUCUAUACGGAGUGAUAAGGAUAACUACAAUGAAGCUGUACUUGGAAAGCCAAUAGAUGACUAUUGUGCCUGGAUUCAGGAUGAAAAAUCAUGGGGUGGAGCAAUAGAACUAUCGAUAUUAGCCAACCACUAUGGCAUCGAAAUAGCUGUGAUUGACACCAUUAAUGCCAUUAUCAAUAAAUUUGGAGAAGACCGGCAAUAUCCUCUAAGAGUUUUUCUCCUAUUCGAUGGUAUACACUAUGAUCCUAUCUUUUUAGAACCAUUAGAUGGAGGUAAAAUUCAAACGAUCUUCAUGACAGACGACGAUAGACUGCUCAAACAGGCCGAGGAAUUAGCCAGAGAAGCCAAAUCCAGUAGGCAAUUUACAGACGUAAAUAAAUUCACCUUGAAAUGUAUGAUUUGCAACAUAAUGCUGACGGGGCAAGUAGCGGCACAACAGCAUGCGCAGACUACCGGGCACGCAAAUUUCGGAGAAGUUUAAUUUUUAGAGAAAAUAAUUUUAACUACGAAAAUAAGGAAUAUAAAACUUGGAAUAUAAAAAAGUGACCUAUGUUAAGAUUGUUUUCUUAUAGUCAGGGUCUGUUAUUACUUAAGUUACUUUUAUUAGUAAAAAAUCUAUUAUAAAACAUUUCUCGAAUAGUUCAAAAUAUCUUUAUGGGUCUUCUGUCUUGCGAUAACUUUUUAUUUUCUGAAAAUGUAUUUUUUAUUUAUUUUUCUUUUUAUUCUGAUUAAUCACAUGAGUAUGCUUUUUCUCACGAGGAUCUUUCAGUGCGUCACAGUUUUUCGAUUUCUUUCUAACGCAUUAAAUUGCAUGUGACAGUAAAAAACGCACGUCGGUGAUUACAUUUCGUCGGUGAUAUUUAUAACAUUUAUUCAAGUUGUCAAUAGAUGGCGCAAUAAUCGAAAAAAAAAUAAAUUAUUUACGAAUUAUAUAAUAUAUCUACGAAUAUAAUCUGUUCAAUUUAUAAGACUAUACAAAUCAAAGAAAAUACCAUUUUAUAAAUGCAAUAAACACAAUUGAUUUGAUUUUACGCCGAAUUGCAAAUAAAAUGUGACAACUGUCAGAUUUAACUAAAAUGUCAUGUCACUAAAAUGUAUAUUAUCACGGACUUACCUUUUUUUCUAUCAUUUGUGACGCACUGAAAAAUGCUCAUGAAAAGAAGCAUAUUAUGCCAUACUGCUUCUUGAAUCUGCUUUGUGAAUAGAUCCACAUAAGCAUCAAGUGGUUCUUUCAUUUUCAAUGUCAAAUUUUUAAUCAAUUUAAUUAAAUUAGUGAAUUAAAUUUACUUUACAUUUUUCCAUAAUUUUUCAUUGUGGGAUACAAAAAAUUUUCCACAAUUUUGCUUGUUCAUUGGGGGAUGUUGCCUCUAUAAAAAAUUGUCACUCCAUCUCUUGCGCGGUUGGCCGUUACUCCUAGCACUGCUGAUUUGUCCCUUUCUAUUUCAAUGACUCUUGUGUCCACCAUUUUACUAAUGUGAUUGGGCAAUUCUUCUGUGUCUGUACAGUAGGGAGGGCGAGUCAAAUACCACAGUACUUAGGCCACAUUUGACCCAUUGUGGAUCCUCCCAGGGAGCUGUGUCUUUACCUCAUUGUCCAUCCUGCCAUUUCCAGGAGGAUGGACAAGUCGCGAGGGGAUAUGUCUCUUAUGGGGGUAGGGGUAGGCCAGGACUCACCGAACGAGUACUCUCGUAUUGACGAUAACUCUGGAUAUUCACAGGAACAUGCUCGACAGUUACAAUAAAGUAGUGGAAUACAAUAAACCUCUAGUUCUGGUUUUUAUCGAUUUUCACAUAGCCUUUGGCUAUGUUAAUCUGAUGGCUGACAGUUAAUCUCAGGAUUGGGAUAUCUGAAACAAAAAAAACGUACUGCAUUUGAAAGAGAAGGUUUCUUACGUGACAAUUUACCACAAUUUGACCAAAAAAUAAAAAAUAAAUAUGUUUUAACCAUGAAAAACUGAAGAAAAAUGCGAUUUUCUCACAAAUUUUUUUUAAAUUUCCGUUAAAUCUUUUUUUUGCGAAAUUUUUUACUAACGGUGGUAAAUUGUCACGUAUGAAACCUUCCUUUUUCAAAUGCCGUACGAUUUUUUUGUUUCAGAGAUCCGAAUUCUGAGGUUAACUGUCCGCCAUCGGAACUACUUUUUUUCGAGGCCUCGACUUUAGCGCCCUCUACAAUAUUAGUGUACGUGCAAGAGUUAGAUAUUAAUAUUUAAAAAGUUUUAUGUUCAUUUUUAAUAAAGGUUCUGAGAAAAAAAAUCUUGAAAAAAUGCUUAUUUUUGGUCUUUUAAAGUGUACUAGUACCUUAAAGCGUGGCUCGCAAUGUGUUAAUAUGCUUGUUGCUAGAAGAUUGCGGGAAAUCUUCGGUUCCCUCAGAGUAGGCUCUCCAAGCAGCUCUUUGUUUUUGUCUGCAGACUUUCUUAAACUCUGUGAGGUUUGAUUGAUAAGAAUCCCAACCCUCUCUGAGUUUGGUGCGUAUUGCUCUAUUAAAAGCUGUUCCUCCUGUCUUCCUGUUCAGUGCACCACCAAGAGUUGAUUUUGCGACUUUCUUAAACCAUCCUUAUCAGACAGGAUUUUUUAUAAGCGUAGCUUAUUUUGGUUUGGAUAGAUAACGUAUAGUACCUUUCCAAUUGUGAAUUAGUUCCCGGAGUUAAAGCCUUUUCAUUUCUCAGAGCAUCUUCUAAGAGUUGGUUGUAAUUCAUUCCUCAGAGCACCUUCGAAGAGUUGGUUGUAGAGUUCUAUAUCCGUCCUCCAAGGGUUCCGAGAUUUGAUACGGCUUUUUCCAGACUAAUCGGAUAGGUCAACCAGCGGUGGUCAGAUAUAGAGAUGUUCUUGCUGGACGGUGUAAUCCCUAGUUACUUUAUUCCCAUGCAAUGCUAACUCCAUCGACUUGAUUUCCAGUUUACAACUUAUUGGUCCUGUACUGAUUACUAUUGUUCUGGUUUUUGAGCUGAAAUAGUUAUGUGUCGUGUUAAAUCCUUUUGCUCUUAUAUAUCUGUGAACUAGUCUUGAGGGCUGUCUUCAUUUUGGGCUAUCAAAAUUCUUGAUUUUUCCAUGCGCCUUUGUGCCACUCACAUUUUUAGUGUUGUUCUUGUGAGCGUGAGAGUUUCUGCUACGUAUGGCAUAAUAGGAAGAACGCAUUGGUCAAAUGUCUUCCGUUUCAUAGCUAUCGGGAUGUUGCUCUUAAAGAUGUCUCUUAGUGAACCAUACGGCGCCCAUGCAAGUGUUACUCGUCGUUGAAAUUCUCAGGUCUGAUUUCAUUGAAUAAUCCUUGCUUAUUCUGAUUUCAUGAACGAGAUAUAUGUACUGUUCUGUCAAUUCGACUCUUGAUUUUGGAUGGUUAGGUGUUCGCUGGGAAUUAAAUUUGUCAUAGAUUUGGUCUUACUGAGGUUCAUUUUUAGACUUAUUGUUGAACAUACGUUUUCUAAUUCUUGUAGCAUUUGUUGUGCUUCGCCCAAAUAUUCGGUGAGAAGUACUACAUCCUCGGCAAAACGCAGACGAUUGAGCAAAUGCUCAAUCAUAUAUCUACAAUGCAUUGAAGUAAUAAAACAGUCUGUAUUAUUUUGAUUGACAUAUGUAAAAUAAAAAUCAAUUACAAAAAACUCGAAGAUGUACCACAAGGUUAUUUAUUAUUGUUAAAAAACAUAUGAAAGGACGCGUUUCGGCUUUACACAAGCCAUCAUCAGCUUAAAUACAGGACAAAAACAAUGGACUGACCAGAAAAACAGGAAGGAGGAAGAAUCAGCUAGUUUACAUUAUAAAAUAUAUAGAUGUACACAUUUCUUCAUUAAUAAUUAGCUAUUAAUAGCAUUUUGUUAUUAAUAGCUAAUUAUUAAUGCUAUUAAUAGCUAAUUAUUAAUGAAGAAAUGUGUACAUCUAUAUAUUUUAUAAUGUAAACUAGCUGAUUCUUCCUCCUUCCUGUUUUUCUGGUCAGUCCAUUGUUUUUGUCCUGUAUUUAAGCUGAUGAUGGCUUGUGUAAAGCCGAAACGCGUCCUUUCAUAUGUUUUUUAACAAUAAUAAAUAACCUUGUGGUACAUCUUCGAGUUUUUUGUAAUUGGUUUACCUCGAGACCACAUUUGAGUAAGUAUGGAUACUUCUCUUCAUGUUUUAAAAUAAAAAUAUUAAUUGGGAUUGUUCCAUACUUUUUAUACACACAGUAUACUAUACAUGUUUCUUACCUUUCGUACUACUGUCGUGUAUAUUAUCUAUUGUUUUUGUUGUAAUUUUUUCCAUAAGUCACUUUUUUACAUGAUUAAUGGGUCGUAGAUAUUUUUAAAAGAAUUUUUUAUAUAAUUUGUAGCUAGAUUUUUAAUAGGACAAUAUCAAUUUUUCUAUUUUGGUGUUUUCAAAUUCUGCCCUCUACCUCACAAGUUAAUGAUAAAAAUUUGUAACAAAGAAAUAACGCCGACUUUUUUGAAUCAAUUAAAGAGUUAAUAGUU